AUGAAGAUGAACCGUUCGUCAGUGUGGAUGAUGUUGAUUUGCGUGUCCUUGGUUCUCCUUUUUGGAUUUAGCAAAUUUGUGAUUAGCAGUGAAGAAAAAGGAACGCACAGGCACAACAGCGUCGUAAGGAUGAAGCUUGGUGGGAUAAGCGAUUCCAAGAAUGAUUGGAACGGUGGGGCAGAGAUCGAUGAUAUUGCACUCUUUGCUGUUCAAGAGCACAAUAAGCGAGAGAAUGCUGUUCUUGCGCUCGCUAGAGUACUAAAAGCAACAGAGCAGGUGGUUGCUGGGAAGCUCUACCAUCUUACUCUUGAAGUUAUCGAAGCUGGUGAGAAGAAGAUAUAUGAAGCUAAAGUUUGGGUGAAGCCAUGGAUGAACUUUAAGCAGCUUCAGGAGUUCAAGAAUGUUGUCCCUUCCUUCACUAUAUCCGACCUUGGCUUGAAACCAGAUGGCGAUGGACUUGAUUGGAUCUCAGUAUCAACAAAUCACCCUGAAGUCCAAGAGGCAGCAAAGCACGCUGUGAAAUGGAUUCAGCAGAAAUCAAACUCGCUGUUCCCUUAUAAACUCAUAGAUAUAAUCAUAGCCAGGACAAAGGUGAUUGAAGACCGUGUGAAAUUCGAACUGCUUCUGAAGCUAGAGAGGCGCAACAAACAAGAGAAGUUUAUGGUUACAGUGAUGAAGAAUGAAAACGGCAAGUUUCACUAG